AUAUCCAUCAGAUCAGCCUGAGUUGCCGAAGUGUAAAAUACAAUUUCAAAACUACAAACAUGGCCCGUGCUAUAAUUCUCCUCCUUCUCAUCGUAGCUGUCAGCAAUAUUAGUGCUGUGCCAACCUGUGGUGAAAAUGAAAUAUACAACACUUGUGGUUCAUCGUGUCCACUCACAUGUCAACAACCAACUCCUUCCGUCUGUACGCUGGCAUGUAUUCGCGGAUGUGAUUGCGUGGAGGGAUUUGUGAGAAAUGCGCAAAGCAAAUGCGUACUUGUGCAAAAUUGUUGAUUACUAAGCAAGCAUGAUUUUUAACAAAAUAAAUAAUCAAAUGAAUGUAAAAUGACAUGGAAA